AUGGCGACUCUAGACAGUGCUUUGCAGGAGACUUUGAGCCUGAAUCUGCCUUUCCCAGCUGCCACCAGGCAAGUGGCUGGCCUGGUAGAUGGUGUCAAGACCGAUGUCAUGGUCAUGAACUUCAGCGAUAAGAUCAUGGUCACCAUCUCGCAACAAGGCCGACUUGCGCACUGGCUGCAUGUGCCCAUUGUGAACUUAAAUCCGGGUACUGAUGGCAUGCACACCUUCUCUGAGGGUACGGACGACAGCCUGUUGCCCCUCAGCGGUCUGACAGCAACAUCUCUCUUGGGUGGCCAUGCGCCCGGCCAGGACACAGUGGGCCAGCUCCUCGCGCGUCAGAUCGCCACGGCUAUUGCGACCAAAUCGCCCUCGGAGAAGCGGCUUUUGGUCGUGGGUCUUGGGCUCGGCAAAACAGGCGCAGACCGUGAUUCGUUCUUUGCAAUCAUCGACCUUGUUUUGCAAUGCAUUUAG